GUGACUGCUUCUGCCUGAGCUCGGGUUGAGGUAGUUCCAUCCAUAGGGAAGGGGAUGGAUUAGCUGGGUCUGGAAACAUGGCCUCCUCAGAGCAGGCAGAGCAGCCCAGCCAGACUGGCUCUUCUCCUGGAACUGAGAAUGUCGUGUCUCGGGAGCCACUGCUCCCGGACCCCCGUGAAAAUGCCCGCUCCCUCCAUGUAUACAGUGGGGCUUGGGUCCAGCAACAGCCUUGUAGGCAGAUGGCACCUGUCACAAGCUUGGACGUGCUCUGCACUACCUCAGUGGCUACACAGGGUCCAUCCUGUAGUUCCCUUCUCCCAGGGACACUUCAACAAAAAAAUUGCAACAGCAGUGAAGUUUCUACAGAACUCCCGGGUCCGCCAAAGUCCACUCGCAACCAGAAGAGCGUUUCUCAAGAAGAAAGGACUGACGGAUGAAGAAAUUGACCUGGCUUUCCAGCAGUCGGGCACUACCACAGAUGAGUCACAGUCUCUGGGUCCUUCCACACAGCUGGUGCCAACGCAGCCCCUUCACCUCUUGCCGUACAGUCCCCCAGGCUCCAGAUGGCGAGACUAUGGUGCUUUGGCAAUCAUUAUGGCAGGGAUUGCCUUUGGCUUCCACCAGCUCUACAAGAAAUACCUACUCCCUCUCAUCAUGGGAGGCAAAGAAGACAGAAAACAACUUCAGAGGAUUGAGGCGAACAUUUCCGAGAUGAGUGGCAGCGUGACACAGACAGUCACUCAGUUGCAGACAACUUUAGCCUCCGUCCAGGAACUGCUGAUGCAGCAACAGCAGAAAAUCCAGGAGCUCACCCAAGAGCUGGCUGCCGCCAAGGCCACCACUUCCACCAACUGGAUCCUGGAGUCACAGAAUAUCAAUGAAUUGAAAUCUGAGAUCUACUCAUUAAAAGGGCUCCUUCUAAACCGGAGGCAGUUCCCUCCUUCCCCUUCAGCUCCCAAGAUCCCAUCAUGGCAAAUCCCAGUGAAGCCUUCCUCGCCCUCCAAUCCUGUUGCUACCAACCACAACAGCAGCAGUGACAUCUCGCCCGUCAGCAACGAGUCCACCUCCUCGUCACCCGUGAAGGAGAACCACAGCCCAGAAGGGGCAACGGUCAGCUGCCAUCUGCUGAGUACGGAGGAGGAGGGCAAGGUGGUGAUGGACGUCAAGGGCCAGGUGCGAAUGGAAGUGCAGGGCGAGGAAGAGAAGAGGGAGGACAAAGGGAAUGAGGAGGAAGAGGACGAUGAGGAUGAUGAUGUCAGCCAUGUGGAUGAAGAGGAGUGCCUGGACGUUCAGACCGAGGACCGACGAGGAGGGGAUGGGCAGAUUAACGAGCAGGUGGAGAAGCUACGGAGACCUGAAGGGGCCAGCAAUGAGAAUGAGAUCGACUAGGGUGAAUGGGCUUCUUCCCAUCCCACCCUGCAUCUGUCCAGCCUUCCCCCAGCCCCUGGUGCCUCUUUCAUUCGGUGGAGAGAACUCUCCCCUCAGCCCUGCCCCCCCCCCCAGUGAUUCGCCCAUGAUUCACCUCGAGUAGCGUCCUAAUCCUCCAGUGAGCAAGGCGAGUUCUGUGUCACCCCAGGGCCAUGCAGCUUUGCAGUGGCUUCUUUUCCCUCUCCGCCCCAGCACCACUGGAGGAAUCUGAGCUUAGGCUAGAAGAGUACUCACCUGACCAUGCACCACAGCUAGAGAAACAAGUUCCCUUGUAUCCAGCGUCCUUCCUGAACCAGCCAGCUCCUCGCUGCUUCCUAGAGAUCUUCCAUCCAAUCUUAGAAACAGGCCUGCCCCAGCCCCUUCUCAUCCCCAAUCCUUUAACUGUUUCUCAGUCUGAAACCACUUCUGCCCAACCCCUGAAAUUUCCCAUCAGGUUUUAGUCCUGAAAUUAGAUGGUGUGCCAUCCCCAAACUGGCCACCCCCAGGCUGUUUCUGUCUCUGAGAUCCGUGUCAGAUCUGCCUCCCAGUCCAGCCAUCCCCCUCCCCAAACCUCGGGCCAGGCCCAGUUCCUGAAACCAUCCAGCCUUUGAGAAGUUCUUGUGGAGUCCAAAGAACAGUACUCUUGCAUCCUGCUCUCCCCUCCACACCCCUGCAGCCUCUUGCUAGAGGCCAGACCCAUGCCUCCUGAUCAUAAGAGCAGGAAGCCUCCUUACUAAUUACCCUCAGGUGAAAGGCCUUCUCCUGUUAGUAUGAUUCUCACCUGGAUUGCCCACUUCAAUUUGUCGCUGCUCUCCCAUGCAGAGAAGAGGAGCUCAUGUCCGUGUUUGGCAUCUUCCGUUCUAUUGACAGCCCAGCCUGAAUGGAUCUGGUGUCUUGGCUGCUGGCAUAGUUGAUUAGUUCUGAAUCUCGGCAAUAGUUCUUAGCCCAUCUUCCUCCCUAAAUAAGGAGAGAGCCCACCAGAAACAGUUAGUCGAGACUUGUGUCGGAGCAAAGUAUACACACCCUCCUCAGCAAGGUGCUGUUCACGGCGUGGAGAGCACUUCCAGAGCAGAGAUGUACCCCUUCCCCUCCCCACCUACCCCACCUCAGCCCUCUUUGCCCUACACGGGCUAAAAACAAAAACAAACCAAGAAGUUUUGAAACCUCUUGUUUGCAGCAUUGUGUUCUCAACUGGUAAAAUGGUGCUGUCUGAUUCUUAUUCACUGCAUAAGAGCCUCUUAGCAGAGCAAUUCCUGUAACAUCUGAGUCUCACUGUCGUCCUCACCAAGCAAACGUGCUCGUCCGUGUGAUCAUGUAUAGAUUUCAAAUAUAAAAUACGAUUGUAUAUAAUUGUAAUAAAUAUGGGUUACCACUAUUUAACACCA